AUGCCCAAGUUAUCGGAUGUUUAUUCACUACACUUAGUGAUUAUUGAUGAGAUGAUCAAGCUCUUUGAUAAAUCUGUUUGGUCCCUUCGAGAUAUUGUCAGAGUGACUGAGUUGGUAAUGCUGCCCAACUACCCGACUGGAAAGAGAAAAGCGAUUAACAAUCACUUCCAGAACCGACUGGGCGCUACGCAGCAGGGGCCUAACUUCCCAUUGCUUCAUGACUUUGCACGGCACACGGUCCACUCCUCCGAAACUCUUGACGUUGCGAUAGAUACUAUGGCCGGCAUCCUUGGCCAACAUGAAUGGUUCUCGGACGCGGGACGGUCGUACAUUGACACCGACUGGAUUGUCUCGCGACGCACCAGGCAACAUCUCCGCUUUCAAAUCCAGAUGAUGCGAAGCUUGAGGGCUCGGUCCAAAGCCAAUGAAGCAAGAUUGCGUAAUGAAAUAGACUUGGCUUUUAACACAAUUGCGCAACAUGAUAGCAAGAUCAUGGUCAGGAUCAGUGAAGCCGUACAAAGUGACAGUGCCGCAAUGAAGACGAUAGCGGUCCUGACCUUGACAUUUCUGCCGGCAACCUUUGUCUCUGCACUCUUCAGUAUGACAUUCUUCAACUUUUCGCCCGGGAGCGAAGCUCAUCCCGAGGCUUGGGUGGUUUCCGAGAAGAUCUGGAUAUAUUGGGCGAUCUCACUUCCAUUGACGAUCAUUACGAUAUUGUCUUGGCUCACAUGGCAGAGAAGAUUCAGUAGAACGUGA